CUCCCACGCAAACGUUGCUACGUUGUAGCGCAUGCGCUAGGGGAUUUGUGUCAAGGCACAGAAGUGGCGCUAUAUCGUUUGCAGAUCGACUCGGGUGGUUGUCUAAGUGAUGGACAGAGGUUUGCCGGAGGGUUCUGAACCCAGGCUGGGCGGAGAAGAGGAUGGCGUGACAGCAGAGGCAGAGUCCUUCAUGGAUACAGCCCCGCCCACUGCGCAGAAGACCCCUAUGGAGGGCACGGAUGCUGCCCACGACCCCCCUGUCACAGCUGCUGCCCCUCUGCCACCCGCCCAGGACGACGAGGACGACGACGUGGUGCUGGUGGAAGCCCCGCCUCCCGCACCCGCUCCCCAAGCCGGAGCUCAACCGAGUGCCCCCUCCCCGAAGCACGACUGCGGCGAGAAGGGCGGCGUGGUAACAGCGGCAGCGCCCACGCCCACCGCCAAAACCCCCACUUUCACCACUCCCGCCCCCGCACCCGCACCCGCACCCACAACGGCGGCCCCGAGCCAGAGCGAGACCAUCGUGAUCGAUGAUGAGGAGGACUCCUUUGAGCAAAAAGACUCUUCCUCGCGUGCUCCCCCUUCAGAGGUGGCCCCCCCCUCAGGCAGUGCCGCGCUGAGCAGCACCGAGCCGGACUCCGAGAUCAAGAUCGCCAGCGUCACCACACUGGGUGUGGCCGCCUCCAGUUCCACCGUCGCCGUGGGAACGGCAGCGGCGGCGGCGGGUUCCAAGGGGGAUAUGAACUUGAUGAUCACCAGCGUGACGUCUCUGCAGGGGGCGGGGGCGGGGCCGGGGCUGGAGCGGGACGAUGGCCUGCAGAUCGGCAGCACCUUCAGCCUCAACCCCGAGGCCCAGACAGAGCUGUCCACCAGCCGGCCCGGCACCUUCAACCCGGGCCGGGUCGGCACCACGAACGAGCCCGUCCAGAAUGGGGAGACCAGCACACACCAGAGAUCCGAUUCCUGGAUAUCCCAGUCGGCUUCCUUCCCGAGAAACCAGAAGCAGCCUGGUGCAGACUCGCCGGCCCCGGCCGCCUCUCUGCCCAAACAGGUGUGCUCGCCCUCGAGCACCCAGCAGCCCCCCAGGACGGUGAAGGUCACCUGCGCCAACUGCAGGAAGCCCCUGAAGAAAGGGCAGACCGCCUACCAGCGCAAAGGCUCCACCCACCUCUUCUGCUCCACCACCUGCCUCUCCGCCUUCUCCCACAAACCCGCCCCCAAGAAGAACUGCACCAUGUGCAAGAAAGAUAUCACCAGUAUGAAAGGAACCAUUGUGGCCCAGGUGGACUCGAGCGAGGCCUUCCAGGAGUUCUGCAGCACCGGCUGCCUGUCCUCGUACGAGAACAAACAGAACCCGCCCAAGACCCCCGUCAAGACCAGGUGUACCGUCUGCGGGAAGCUGACCGAAAUUCGCCACGAGGUCAGCUUUAAGAACGUCACCCACAAGAUCUGCAGCGACAUGUGCUUCAACCGCUACCGCAUGGCUAACGGGCUCAUCAUGAACUGCUGUGAACACUGCGGGGGCUACCUGCCCUCCAAGGCCAACCACUUCCUGGUCAUCGACGGCCAGCAGAAACGCUUCUGCUCUCACAACUGCGUCAAGGACUACAAGCAGGCGCACGGGAAGAUGACGAUCUGCAGCGGGUGCAAGACCUCGUGCCGUUCCAUCACGGGGACGCACUGCAUCGGGACGAGUGGCGCCAUGGAGACGUACUGCUCCGCCGUUUGCAUGGCCAAGACCAAGGGCACGACCAGCCCUGACAGCCCCAGCACUACUACAGAACCCCGCUGUCAUUUCUGUAAAGAGAAGGCACUGCCACAGUACCAGGCCACACUUCCAGAGGGGGUAGUCUACAACUUCUGCAGUUCCAGCUGUGUGACUAAUUUUCAGGAUUUUACUGCCCUUUCCACUAAAACGUCAAACGGUCAGACAGCGCCUUCCUCCACAUCCAACAACAUUCAGCUCAAGUGCAAUUACUGCAGAGGAUCUUUCAGCCUGAAACCCCAGACACUGGAGUGGGAGAACAAAGUCUACCAGUUCUGUAGCAAGACCUGCUGUGAAGACUAUAAGAAGCUGCACUGCAUAGUAACAUUCUGUGAGUACUGUCAGGAGGAGAAGACUCUUCACGAAACAGUCAAGUUCUCAGGGGUCAAGAGGCCUUUCUGCAGCGAGGGCUGCAAGCUGCUGUACAAGCAGGAAUUUGCCAGGCGACUGGGUCUGAAGUGCGUCACCUGCAACCACUGCACACAGAUGUGCAAGAGAGGCGUGACCAAGCAGAUCGACGGAGUGCAGCGCGACUUCUGCAGCGAGGCCUGUGCCAAGAAGUUCCAUGACUGGUACUACAAGUCUGCGCGCUGUGACUGCUGUAAGCUGCAGGGGAACCUGAGCGAGUCGGUGCAGUGGCGGGCCGAGAUGAAGCACUUCUGCGACCAGCAGUGUCUCCUGCGCUUCUACUGCCAGCAGAACGAGCCCAACCUGUCCACUCAGAGAGGGCCAGAGAACAUGUCCUACGGGCAUGGAGGACAGCCGCAGGGAACCAAGGCAACGGCGCACAGUCAGCCCGCCGCGCCGUCCUCCUACGCUGGGGGAGGGAUGCUGAAGGACGUUAAAAACAAGGCUGUGCUGUGCAAACCGCUCACCCUGACCAAAGCCACCUACUGCAAACCGCACAUGCAGAGCAAGCACUGCCAAACGGAGGAAGACGUGCAGAAGGAGUACGUUCCGGUCCCUAUCCCUGUCCCCGUCUACAUUCCUGUGCCAAUGAACAUGUAUACGCAGGCCACGCCCACACCUGUCACUCUACCUGUCCCAGUGCCCGUGCCGGUGUUCCUGCCCACCACCCUGGACGGCGCGGAGCAGAUCGUUCGGACCAUCGCCGAGCUGAAGGCCAAAAUCCCCGCGGACCCGCUGGAGGCCGACCUGCUGGCCAUGGCCGAGAUGAUCGCCGAGGCCGACGAGGAGAAGCCCGACUGCGCAGAUGUGAUGUGCAAAAAUGUGGAUAGUGCAGACGUAAAGAGAGAGACUGUGAAGAGCGAGAGCAGCAGUUCAGAAGAAGAGGAAGAGGAGGAAGAGGAAGAGGAUGACUCCUAUCAGCCCCACCUGGAUUUAGAGGACGAUUUUCCCCGAGUCCCCGAUCCUGUGCCCGCUGUGGAAGGCCUCGACGCUGAGAUCGGCUUCACGCUGCCCCUGGUCCUGGGAGACGAGAGAGAGGUCAAGCCCGGACUCAAGGUCGAACGGAAGGGACACAAGAGGAGAGCGGUGGAAAUGGACGCCUCUCCUUCGUCCCCCGACGCCUCGUCAAUGGGCUGCUCCUUCCCCCUGAAGUCCCGGUAUGGGGUGAACGCCUGGAAGAGAUGGGUGCUGACUAGGAACAACCACUCCCAAGAUGACAAAGCGAAGGAGCAACUCAAAGAGGUGAGGCCCUCGCGGCUGAAGAGGAACCUGCUGUCUCUCAGCGCGGCGGAGCUGAACUACGGCCUGUCCCGCUUCGUCAGCGAGGUCCGCCGCCCCAACGGGGAAGCCUACGCCCCCGACAGCGUCUUCUACCUCUGCCUCGGGAUCCAGCGGUAUCUGCUGGAUAACGGGAGAACUGAGGACAUCUUCAGUGACCCGUACUACCACCUGUUUGGACAGGAGCUGAACAGAGUCCUCCAGGGCUGGCAGCCUAGCGUGCUUCCUGAUGGCUCACUGUGGGGGCGGGUGGAGGAGCAGGCCCUGUGGAGUAGCAGACAGCUGGGCCAGCACUCUCCCAUUGCGCUGCUGCGCUCUCUGGUCUACCUCAACACCAAGUACUUUGGCCUGCGGACCGUGGAGCAGCACCUGCGCCUCUCUUUCGGGAAGGUCUACGAGCAGCGCAAGGCCACCCCGCACUCUAAGGAUACCUCUGUGUGCAUCCGGAUCCCUUCCAUUUCCCAGGAUCAGGGUUUGUUCUUUCUGCCAGCAGUAAAAACUGGGACGAGGAAGAGGAAACGGGAAGAGGUGGAUGGGGACCCGGACUACGAGCCGGAUGAGUACUCGGGAAGCCCCCCUCACUGUCCCAUCAAGAAGCACGAGUGCCUCUUAUACGAGCUCUACCUCUCCAAAUGUCCCUCGGCUCUGAAGAAGAGGACGGACGUGUUCUACAUGACGCCCGACGACUCGAGCAGCUCGGACAGCCCGCUGUGGUACAGCUCCACCCCUCUGGAGAGGGCCAUCCUGGAGAAGGUCCUCACCCGCAUCCUGCUGAUAAAGGACAUCUACAGCCAAAAGGACCCCUCAGAGGAAGAGGAGGAAGAGGAAGGCAGCGAGUAGCCCCUCGUGUCCUCCUCCACCGGAGACAUGCUCUCAGCGUUAGCGCAACGCUACACUCUGUGUUAGCGCAGCACUACACAUCGCUCCCUGCCUCCCCUCCAGGCCGCUGAUCCCAGGUCAGCAUCCGGUCUGCAGCAGCCCCUCAGAUGGGCCGUCGGGGGAGGGGGGGGGGGGGGUUUCAGAAAAUGGUCCCGCACCUUCUGCUUCUUUUCAUUAUGAAAAACUCCAAACACCUUAUGUAGCACAUUAAACACUACGCCCAGGUUGGGCAGCUUUCAUUUGUAAAUAACCUUACGAGGACGAGCGGUUUAAAUAGCUGAAUCCUCCUCCUUAGCCCUGAUGCCUUUUUUAUUAUUAAAAAAAAGCCUUUAUUUAUUGAUUAAUAUCGGUUUGUUGUUUUUUUUUUGUUUGUUUUUUUUUUUGGAGAAGAUGUGGGAUUGCGCAGUUUGAUUCCUUUCUUCUCCUGUCUUUAAGCAUUAAAAGUGCAGUUCCACCAGACCCUCCCUUCUUUCUCCUCUCUGUGUUUGGGGGAGGGGCCGGGGGGUGUAUCGUUGUUUAGGGCCUUUCUGUAAAAGCAAGCUGUAAAGGUUCACUUUGAGGGCCAGUAGAAUAGAAGGGUUUCCUCUGCUGGCCCAUAAGCUCUUCGGUGGUCAUGGCUGCAGUUCAUUGGAUGGGGGUGGGGAUGACCCGGGCCUGACGUAUGUAUCCUGGGAGAUGUAUUCUAAUAUGAGAUGGUAGCGUAGUGCGUCUGUACAACAUUGGCACCUGAGGUCUUUCUUUCUUCCUUUUCACACUAUUUUAAAUCGCACAUCAGACAGUAUGUUGGUAUGUGGAUUUUGAUUAUUAAAUGUGAAAGUACUUAGAGUGGGUGACAGUGGGCAGUUCCCAGGUGGCAUUCUCACACGGUAGAAAUAGCAACGUUCUCGCAACGUUACCGCCACGUUAUGGCAACGUUGUAAGAACGAACAUCACAGUACUGUAUGCGUUAGCUGAAUUAGGCCUGGUACACCCAGCAGUGUUGUCUUAAUGUACUCGAAUCUGCUGUACAAGCUCUUCUAAUCUCCAAGUGACAGACAUCACAUUGGAAGCUGUUCUUUAGAUGAACUCAGUUAAGCUAGCGUUUUCUUUUUUUUAUUUAUGGGGUGAAAAAUGAAAAGCAAAUGAAAGUGCAUAUUUUUAUACUUGUUUUUCUCUUUUGUUGCAUAUGUAUUUUUUUACCUCCAAAUAAAUUGCAGUGAGUACAUGAUUUUCCUUUUA